CUGAUAAGAUAAAUAGCGAUAGGCUCGUAGUCCUCAAAACAAACAUGGUGUCUCUGGAGGCCUCAACAUUUCUUAUCAAAUACAAGAAAUGGGUGACCAGCAACCCCCAAGGCGCCGCGGAGAUGGAGGCGGCGGUGAAAUGGGGCUCCUAUAUCCUGGCAGGCCGCCUCAGUAAUUCCUCCCUACUAUGUGAGGUCAUCUACGCAGCCUCCCGCCUCUUCGAGAUGUUCAAUGACUUCCUGAUCCGCGGGGCAACAGCCGUGCCCGCCCCGACCCCAGAGGCCAGUCAGCGGCUUAAGGUGAUGCUAUCGGCCUUGGAGUGCGUGGAGGUCCUGGCGGAGGUGUGGGCUCGGCAGCUCUGGGGUGAGGCCGGAAAGUGGGCUGUCGUUUUGGCUAUACAGCUAACCAAAUGCAUAGGGCGGUUCAUCCUCGUCCUAUGGCACAGUGCCGUGGUGGUGCCCUCCCCCCCUAUCAGGCCCCUGGACCGGCGGCAGGCUGUGAGGGAGCGGCAGCGGAAGGCGGAAGGCGUGGAGGGUGGAGAGGAGGUCAUCGUGCUAGCUAAGAGCGGUCGGGUCAUGAGGUCACUGGCCGCCGCCCCGCCCUCCCACCAGCGCUCCUUUACCCCCCCCACCCCCCUCGGAGGCCCCCAGGGAAGGUCAGAGGUCAAGAGGUCAAAUGGACAUCUACUAGCAGAGUCCCUUCAUACCCUGCGCCCCAUGUGUCACCUGGGGGCCAUGUAUCUCUGUGGUCGGAAGUCCUGGGGUCCCUGGGCGCUGGCACUGGCCAUGGACUAUACCAGCCUCUCCCUCCACAACACCACAUCCGCCCCCACCACCAAGCAGGAAGUGGAAGAAUUAGUCCGCCGGCGGAUCUCCCUCCUCUUCUACCUCAUCCGCUCACCCGCCUACGAGCACAUCACCCGCGCCAGGCUCAACCGCACCCUGGACACACUCUCCCGCCGGCUCCCCCCCCUGCGCCCCCUCCUGCGGCCCCUACAGGAGUAUAUCCCACAUUGGCAAGGGAUUUACGCUUAUGUAUGGAGUUGAGGUGUGUGUGUGUGUGUGUGUGUGUGUUAGGAUGAAAGAGUGGAGAUGCUGGUUAACUCUUGCAUAAGGGAUUUGGACAGUACAGGGAUGAGAGAGUGGAGAUGCUGGUUAACUCUUGCAUAAGGGAUUUGGGACAGUACAGGGAUGAAAGAGUGGAGAUGCUGGUUAACUCUUGCAUAAGGGAUUGGGACAGUACAGGGAUGAAAGAGUGGAGAUGCUGGUUAACUCUUGCAUAAGGGAUUUGGACAGUACAGGGAUGAAAGAGUGGAGAUGCUGGUUAACUCUUGCAUAAGGGAUUGGGACAGUAUAGGGAUGAAAGAGUGGAGAUGCUGGUUAACUCUUGCAUAAGGGAUUUGGGCAGUACAGGGAUGAAAGAGUGGAGAUGCUGGUUAACUCUUGCAUAAGGGAUUGGGACAGCACAGGGAUGAAAGAGUGGAGAUGCUGGUUAACUCUUGCAUAAGGGAUUGGGACAGUACAGGGAUGAAAGAGUGGAGAUGCUGGUUAACUCUUGCAUAAGGGAUUGGGACAGUACAGGGAUGAAAGAGUGGAGAUGCUGGUUAACUCUUGCAGAAGGGAUUUGAACAGUACAGGGAUGAAAGAGUGGAGAUGCUGGUUAACUCUUGCAUAAGGGAUUGGGACAGUAUAGGGAUGAAAGAGUGGAGAUGCUGGUUAACUCUUGCAUAAGGGAUUGGGACAGUAUAGGGAUGAAAGAGUGAAGAUGCUGGUUAACUCUUGCAUAAGGGAUUGGGACAGUACAGGGAUGAAAGAGUGGAGAUGCUGGUUAACUCUUGCAUAAGGGAUUUGGGCAGCACAGGGAUGAAAGUGUGUGUGUGUGUGUGUGUGUGUGUGUGUUUUAUAUGAAUAGUUUUGUGUGCGCUUGUGUGUAUAUAUAAGUAUGAGCAUUAAUGUGUGUGUGUGUGAAUGUAUGUAGCUUGUAUGUGUGGGUCUGUGUGCGUAUAGAAACAGCUUAUGUGUAUGAGUUUGUGUGCGUAUGUGUAUGUAUGUGUAUGUGUGUGUGUGUGUACAUUCCAAGAUACAUUUCAGAGCACCAGGAACAGUAAUGAACUUCUGUAUAAUACUUUAGACAAUAACAACUUGACCUUCAGUGCUGUAAAAUGUAUGAAUAAAUUAAUAUGAAUAA